AGUGGGCAGGGCUAGCGCUUUUGUGCUGCUGCGCUGGUAGGCUGACUUCCUCAUUUUACAAGCACAAAGGGCCUCCAAGAAGCUGCUAUCAUUCAGGCGCUAGCACUGUCAGUGUGAGAACAAGAGUGGAAUCAUUCACUUUAUGAUGCUACGUUCAGAGUCAACCCUGCGAGCAAAUGUUGGGGACACAACUCCCCUUCUGCAACACAGGGGGUCGGGAUCCACCCCCUAUUCCCCCUACAAGAAGCCAGCCUGGUACAAACGACCCAGGUUCUAUCUCGCCCUAAUCCGUCGUGGUAUUGGGGAGUUUUUGGGCACAGCUCUGUUUGUGUUUGUAGCCAUAGCUGCCUCGAGCAGUGUGAUUGAGGAUGAGACACAUAACUACCUUGUCACUAGCUCUGAAGCUAGUGUGGUGGCUCUAGCUACUGGGCUGUGCUAUGCUGGGCUUAUGGCUGCACUCGAACACGUGAGUGGAGGGCACAUGAACCCUUCUGUCACACUGGGGGUGUUCUUGGCUGGGGGUAUCAAUGUAAUAGCAGCAGUGGUGUAUGUGUGCGCUCAGAUUAUAGGAGGGAUUGUAGGAGCUGCUUGUGUUCUGGCUUACGACAGUGACUAUAGUAACUAUAGUAACAACUCUAACUACUCAACAACAGUGGACUACGGACUGACAUAUCUUCAUGGUAACAUCACCCCCCUACAAGGAAUUGCUGUGGAGACAGUACUCACAUUGUUGGUCAUCAUGGUAUACAUUCACACCACAAUGGAGGGAGAAGACAAGAAAUCUCAGAACAAGGGGCAUCCAACGGCUAGAAAUGUCAUUGCACCUCUGGCUUGUGGCUUCACACUGGCAGCUGCAAUUAUAUCUAGCUAUUCGGUCACUGGAGGCUCGUUCAAUCCAGCACGCAGUCUUGGUCCAGCAGUAGUAGGCUCUGGAAGUGACAGAUGGAGCUCUCACUAUGUUUACUGGGUCGGACCACUCGUGGGGAGCCUCUUAGCUGGAAUGUUCUACAGGUUGGUGCUCUCAUCCAACCCUCUCUUACCACUCACUGAAGAUGACACCCCGAAAUCAAACACUAGACCUCAUUCGUUUUUGAAUCAUUAACUUUUAUACAACUUUUAUGUAUAGUGAAUGUCAAAGAGAUAAUAUGAAUUUGUUAAUUCUGAAUGAAA